CCGGAGGUCUCGAUAAAAUGUUGCGAGCUACUACAAGCAUUAGAAAAAUCACGAAAAAUUUGGAAAAAAGGAGCUCCGUCAAGAAUCAACAUGAAAACGGAUCCUCGACGCCAGUCAAUACCGAAGGUCUUGCCGUUGGGCCAAGAACAAAACUGGAGGAAGAGUUCAAUUGCAUGGCUGAAGACAUUUACAACUACCUUGUUCAUCACGAGAAAAAAUAUGUUCUUGACGACAGCUUCAUAAAUGGAGGAAAUGUUAAUUCUAAGAUGCGCCGCAUCCUUGUUGACUGGCUUGUCCAAGUUCAUCUUCGCUUCCACCUCACCCCUGAGACGCUUCACCUGACGAUUUUCGUUCUGGAUCGAAUUAUCGUGAAGAACAUUGUCUCCAAGGCGGAAUUCCAGCUUCUCGGUGUUGCAGCUUUGUUCGUUGCCUCCAAAUUCGAAGAUAUUUACUUGCCAGACAUCCUCGAAUACGAGUUGAUCACUGAGAACACAUUCAGCAAGAAGCAGAUAUUGGCUAUGGAACAGACCAUCCUCAACGCCUUGAACUUUGACUUGUCCUGCCCAUCUUCGCUUGUCUUCCUCCGUUAUAUCUCAAAAACUCUCACAGAGAAUGACGUCAAUCCAAUCGAUAAGGAAACGUUCUAUUAUGUGCACAAUAUCUCCAAGUGUCUCGGAGAACUCGCAUUGCUCGAUUCGGUCAUGUCUACGGUUCCAAGGUCGCACGUUGCUAGUGCUUCGAUGAUCAUCACUCUCAAUAUUAUCUCCGUUGAUGGAAUUAAUCCGAAGACUGCUGCAUCGAUGAUUCGCAAACAAUUCGGAGCCUCCAAGCAAGAUAUUUAUGAUGCUAUCUCUCUGCUCGCUCAAGUCGCAUAUAAAAACUUCAGACAUCAGAAGCUUUGCGCCAUUAGGGAAAAGUACCAGUCCAGCAAGUUUGGACGAGUAUCCUACUUGAUGACCGACGAAAUCUUGGAGAAAAUUCACCGGAUGGGGCGCAACCUUGAGGCUUCAGAAGCUGAAACAUCAGAAAUGGAAUGAGAACUAUACUUCAUCACCCAAUACGUUCCUGUGUUCUGCUUGUUUCCCCAUUGCACUUACCUUCGGCUUAUAUUCAUGUACUUUUUCUGUUCCAUUUCCCCAAUCUUCGAAAUCUCUAACACAUUGUAUCAAAUCUUUUUCGCACCUUCGUUUGUAUCGAUCUCAUAUUAACUUAUUUAGUCUUCACUCACUGUUCAAAUCUGAUAUUUUAACUAGAAUGAGCAAAAACUUGCUGAUGAAAUCUAUGUGCUAUUAAAUAUGUUAAAUGAAAUGAGCAUAAAUCUUGUACUAAAUUGU